GUUGGAAAAAAAAAAAGGGGGGCCUAAAGAGAAAAGAUAUGUUUUGUUUGUGAAAGUUCACCGUUAACAGGAAUAAAAAAACGAAAAAGGUAGCUUUCACUAAAACAAUUAUGUUUAUGCUCUGGGUCAUUGCUAUUAAUGGUUUUUAUGUCAUUCAUGUGGGGAAGAACAAGAAAUUCCCAAUGAAAUGAAAAAGCGCUUUACCUAACCAAACCAACCAAUCUCCUCAAUUCACAUCCAUGGCGGCAGAUGUUGGAUGCUGUGGAACUAAAUUCUGGCUCUACAUAGUUGUCAUCGUAGGUUUAGUAUGUUUCGCUGGUCUCAUGGCUGGUCUCACUCUUGGUCUCAUGUCUUUAGGACUCGUCGACCUCGAAGUUCUCAUCAAAUCUGGUCGUCCUCAACAUCGUAUCCAUGCCGCUAAAAUAUUCCCGGUGGUUAAGAAUCAGCAUCUUUUGCUAUGUACUCUUUUAAUUGGAAAUUCCUUAGCUAUGGAGACUCUACCUAUUUUUCUUGAUGCUAUUGUGCCUCCUUAUGCUGCUGUUUUGAUUUCCGUUACUCUAAUCCUUAUCUUUGGAGAGAUAUUGCCUCAAGCAGUUUGUACUCGAUAUGGAUUGAUGGUUGGAGCAACGCUAGCCCCGCUUGUUCGUGUUCUUCUUCUGGUAUUUUAUCCCAUUGCUUAUCCCAUCAGUAAGGUGCUUGAUUGGAUGUUGGGCAAAGGAAAAGCUGCUCUUUUAAAGAGGGCAGAGCUCAAGACUUUUGUGAAUUUUCAUGGGAAUGAGGCCGGGAAAGGAGGAGAUUUAACACAUGAUGAGACAACCAUCAUAGCCGGUGCACUUGAAUUGACUGAAAAGACUGCAAAAGAUGCCAUGACUCCCAUAUCAAAGGCAUUUUCCCUUGAUCUGGAUGCAACUCUAAAUUUGGAGACCCUGAAUUCAAUAAUGACAAUGGGUCAUAGUAGAGUCCCAGUUUAUGCGGGAGAGCGGUCAAACAUUAUGGGACUUGUUCUGGUUAAAAAUCUCUUUAUGGUUGAUUCAAAGGCUGCAGUUCCUCUAAGAAGAAUGAUAAUCAGAAAAAUUCCUCGUGUUUCAGAGAAUAUGCCUCUUUAUGAUAUACUGAAUGAAUUUCAGAAGGGUCACAGUCAUAUUGCAGUUGUGUAUAGGGAUCUAAAUGAUAAAAAAGAUGCAUCCAAAAAGAUUAAAGACAAGGACCAACUUGAGUUUAAGGACAGCUGUAGGAACAAAGGAAAAAGUGCUCCCUUGGAUAAAGGUGCAAUGUUGGAGUCACAUGAUACUUUGACUGCCGGUAAUAAGAUUGAUGGCGGUCCACAGGUGAAAAAAAGUCCAGCAGCAACACCUUCUUUUAAAAAGCGGCAUAGGGGUUGUUCAUAUUGCAUCCUGGACCUUGAUAAUGCUCCCUUGCCUGUAUUUCCACCCAAUGAAGAGGUUGUUGGUGUUAUUUCAAUGGAGGAUGUAAUUGAAGAGCUUCUUCAGGAGGAGAUACUUGAUGAAACUGAUGAAUAUGUCAAUAUCCAUAACAAGAUAAAAGUUAACAUGAACGCUUCUAAGGAGAAGGCUCCUGAUGCAAAUGUGUUGCAGCCUUCUAAUUUAGCGGUUCAAGGACACACACCAACAAAUUCGAUUUCUACAGCUACUUCUGCAACGGGCUCACCUACCACCAUAGAUCAAAUCUCUGAAAGUGAGUCACUCAGGAAUCAAUAAUUCCUCCAUUAAUAGAAUAGCAUAGGCUUCUGUUGAAAGGACAGAUCAGUAUAUAGUUUGUUGUCGAAGUUUCUCUCUAUGACAUUGUGUUAAUAUGCAGAAAAGAACAAAAUGGAACAAGUUCUAGUUCUGUUAUAUUAACUGAAGUUAUCUUUGGUUUCACACCUUUUAACAAAACAAAAUCUAGUUCGGUUCUGUUUUAAAAUGCACAAAAUAUAUAAAAGAACAGAUAUUAUCUUCCAUCUUGUUCAAAAGUCCACUAAAUGUUGCAUAAAUGUAUGUGUCUGUGUGAAUACUCCUGUUACGUGAUAUCCUGAAGAGGAUUGUUGUGUACUUGUUUAUCUUUAGUACAACAGCGAAAUCUAAAACUCGUUUGAUCAGCGUGUA